AUGGAAGGCCAAAAUGCCUGUAUUCAAAUUGCUCCACCAACAGUAGCAGUGGUGAUGGUACCAUUUCCGGCACAAGGCCACCUCAAUCAACUCCUCCAGCUUUCUCAUCUCAUAACCUCCUAUGGAUUACCAGUUCACUUUGCUGGAUCCUCCUCUCACAACCGCCAAGCCAAGCUCCGUUUACACGGUUGGGGCUCACAAAGUUUAAGUAAGAUCCAUUUUCAUGACUUUCAACUCCCUCCUUACACCAACCCUCUACCCAACCCAGACCCUUCCAUUCCUUUCCCUACGCACCUCCAACCACUUUUCAAUGCAUCUCUGCAUCUCCGUCAACCUGUUUCCCAACUCUUAGAGCAACUCUCAUGUAAGUUCAGGAGAGUCAUUAUGAUCCAUGACGCACUACUGGCUUCUGUGGUCCAAGACGCAAAAAUCCUUUCAAAUACUGAAUCCUAUGUCUUUGUUCCCAUCUCUGCCUUUACAACCUUCUUCAAUGCCUGGUCCAGAUUCCCUGAGAAACCUUUUCUUAUAGAUUCAGAAUCCCCAAAAUGCGUCCCCUCGAUGGAUGAAUGCUUACCGUUUGAGUUUUUACACUUUUUGGCCAAUCAGAAAAAAUGUUUGGGGUUCGAGUCAGGUUGGCUCUACAAUACAUCCAGGGUGAUAGAAGGUAGAUAUGUUGAACUGUUUGAGAAGCUGCUAAUAUGUCCUGAGAAAAAACACUUUGCCAUUGGACCUGUAAAUUCAGUGGAAAUGGAAAACAAAAAUGGAAAACAUAUAUGCCUUGAAUGGCUAAAUAAACAACAGAAAGAUUCUGUUAUAUACAUAUCUUUUGGAUCCACAACCUCGAUGACAGAUGACCAGAUCACAGAGCUAGCAUUAGGGUUGGAAAAAAGCCAACAAAAGUUCAUAUGGGUGCUUAGAAAGGCUGAUACUGGUGAUGUCUUCACAAGUGCUGAAGUAAGAAAGGAUCAGCUACCAGAAGGGUACGACGAGAGAGUAAAAAACAGGGGAAUGGUGGUAAGAGACUGGGCACCCCAACUGGAGAUUUUGGGUCACCCAGCAACAGGUGGGUUCAUGAGUCACUGUGGGUGGAACUCAUGCAUGGAGAGCAUCAGCUUGGGAGUACCAAUCGCAGCUUGGCCAAUGCAUUCCGACCAACCUAGUAAUGCCGUUUUGGUUACAGAAGUGCUAAAAGUUGGUGUGCUAGUGAGGGAUUGGACACAACACGCUGAGCUAGUGUCAUCCAAGACUAUUGAUUCUGCAUUGAGAAGAUUGAUGGCAUCGGCAGAAGGAAAGGAGAUGCGGAAAAGGGCAACAGAGCUAGGUGAUGCUGUUCGAGCAUCAGUUGUUGAAGGAGGUGCUUCUCGCUUAGAAAUGGAUGCUUUCAUUUCUCACAUCACAAGAAAAUAAUCUAAAUCAAAAGGGAUUUAUUCACUGUAAAAUUCUCUGAUGGAAAGGAAUAAAAUCACUCUCAAUCUCGGCUGACA